UGUAAAAAGUCCAAACCACACAAGUGUGGAACUGUGGACGGAAAAGCCACGCUGCUGCGCUUCCGCCAUGGCUUGUUCAUCUCAGUCCCUAUCGCGCGCUCUCCUUCCCGUUUUUUCGCGCCAAAUGAGUUUAUCCUUGUCCCUUCCUGUUCUAAAUCGUUUCGACGCAACCGGCCGGUUCUUCUCCGGCGUCACUCAAACCAGACCGCUGUCUCAUCUGGUUCACGCUCAGGCCAAGCGCGGCUCCGUGCUCAAAGACGUUGAAGUUGCUUCUGCUGCUGAUCUUCAUUUUGAGGCACCUCUGAAGAUUGUGGAGUAUCCAGACCCCAUAUUGAGAGCGAGAAACAAGCGAAUUGGAACAUUUGAUGAUAACUUAAAGAAGCUGGUCGAUGAGAUGUUCGACGUUAUGUAUAAAACCGAUGGAAUUGGGCUGUCGGCACCCCAAGUAGGGAUAAAUGUUCAACUUAUGGUAUUUAACACGGUUGGGGAGCGUGGUGAAGGAGAGGAAAUUGUUCUUGUAAAUCCAAGAGUCAACAAAUAUUCAAAGAAAAUGGUGCUAUUCAAUGAAGGCUGCCUGUCCUUCCCAGGGAUCUAUGCUGAUGUAGAGAGACCAGAAUCUAUUAAGGUUGAUGCACGGGACAUUAAUGGUGCAAGGUUUAGUUUCAGUUUGUCAGGUCUUCCUGCAAGAGUGUUCCAGCAUGAAUUUGACCAUCUGCAGGGCAUUCUGUUCUUUGAUAGAAUGACUGACGAAGUCCUCGACAGCAUUUGUGAGCAACUGAAAUCCUUAGAGAACAAAUACAAGGAUAAGACAGGAUCCUCAAGCCCUGAAAGGAUAGAAACACGGAAAAGGAAGAAAGUUGCAGCUGGCUUUGGUAAAUCAUAACUGAUGCAGACUGCUUCAAACCCCUUACAAUGCCAUAUGAAAUGGUGCUAUCUACAAUAUGAGAAUGCUGAAAAGCAGCAGGAUGUUGAAAGUAUUAUGUGAGGAACUCGCUAGAGUAGACUACUUCCAAUAUAAGGAUUUUUGGGUACAUAAAAAGAUUGAUUUGCAGACUAUUGACAUGCAGACAUAUGUGAUAGAACAUCUCUUCCUUCCAUCAUAAAGAUGUUUCACCUUCUUUGUUGGAAAAAAUGGGGAUCAUUAUAGUUCUAACCAUAAAUCUCAGAAGGCUCACAAGUGUACCCUAAUUGUUAUCCUUGUUGUUCUUCGAACUGUAAGAGGAUUGAUCAGCUCUGAGUUUAGGUUGGUGUAGUUUGAUCACAAGCAAUGGUUUUUUUUGCUGUAUGAUAUUAUUGGAGUAAUUGUCAUCAUUUUUAACUUAUGCUUAAUGCUACAUUUGAGCUAUGUUCGUUGA